UUAACAGGAAACACAGUAAUUACUCUCAGUGUAGAUUUUCUUCUGUUCAUGCAGCGAUCUUUCUGCUUUGCUUGGCUGGAUUUUAAUCUUCUUUUCUAAGAGUUUAAAUCUGAAACUUUGGUUUUUAAUCAGUUUCCCACUUGCCAGUUUCCAUUUGAUAAGUAGUAACAGGGACGGUGUGCUUUUGUGUCCACAAUGUCGUUUGGAUAUUAUACCAACACCACUGUGGGCCAAGUGGGCGACAAGAAGCUCAUCGCCAAUGAAAAUCUCAAUUUGGAUAUUAAGAUGCUGACAAUAGUCAAAGUCAGAAGGUUCCUCUCAUACUCCACCAAGCCAAAGUUCACCACGAGAACACUGCUGGACGUGCUGGAGGAACGGGGCUUUACACCAGAUGUCACAGAGAAGGUUCUGAUGGAGGAUUAUGAUUACAUGAGAGGCAAAAGUGGCAAAGGUUCUGCAGCAGCAGGACUUGAUGCAGCUCAAACCCGUCUGCAAGUGGGUGCAGCGAUGGACACAGUGGACGGAGCGUCCUCCACCACUCUGAUGAUAAAGAAAGUGGACUACAAUCAAUUGAAUGACAAGAACAUAAAGAAGGAAUUGCUGACCAAGCUGACACCAAAUAAAGAGAUGCUGUUUUGUGUUACUCAGAUAGUCUACAACUCCUCUCCUGUCACAUUGUCUUCCAAAGCUCUGACCGGCGGUUCAGUGUCGGCAUUGUUCUAUGAAAUAUUCCGUUGUUCGCUGUCGGGCAACACGAAGAGGGAGAUGAGAUUCACUGUUCCCAAAGAUAAAAUCCUCGCUUACGGCCUAGAGAAGAUCAAGACAGCGGUUUUCAGGAACAUCAGCUUCGACGGAGACGACUCCUGUAAGACGCUGGAAGACCUGGCGGAAGGAAUCUUACAGAAUCAAGUUUAUCUGGAUUCGCUGAAAACAUUUCCUGGGUCGAGCCGUCGUAAUCUGCUGGAAGCGCUCAGGGAGAUCGUGCCUGACAAAGACGCUCUCACACUGCUGGAGGAAACAUUGGAUGAAGAAAUGACUGAGUGUCCACAGUCUAAGGUUGUCUCUGAAUUCAUGGAUCUUCUUCGUAAAGCCUCCUCUAAAGAUCAGAAGGAAGCCGACGAUCAGAGGGAUGCUGUUCAUCGGCUGGUCAUAGCCAUGGACAGUCUACCAGACGGUGCUGCUGCUCGUCUGACUGCCUGCAGUAAUAAAACACUGACAGUUCUCCAGCAACUGGUGAGUCGUCUAAUGAGGGACGGUCAGGUCAGUCUCCCAGAGUCGUUGCCUGUCUCCCUGCAGGAGGAAGGGCUUCGCUGGGCUGCUGAGCUUCUCCGUUUGACUGAUCAGGACCUGAAAGAGCUGAGAGCUGAGUGGGACAGACCAGACUACCCACCAGAGAUGCUGCUGGAGCUUGUGUGUUUUGUUGUGCAGGGACUCAACAAACUGAUGCAGCCUUAACUACAUUUAUAAUGUAGCCUCCUAAUCAUUUAUUCUUUUCAUGUAUUUACUCUUUUAGCAUUUCUCUCAAUUAAGAUUUUGUUCCUUGAUCAAGUAUUCAUUCCUUUGUCUUUUUUAUUAUUAGUUUCCUUUUAUUCAUUUCUUGUUUGACAUAUAAUCACUUAAUCCUUUUAAUAAUUUAGCUAUAUGUUAUAACUUUGUAACCAUUUAGUAGUCUGUUUAAAACACUCCUUUGUUAGGAAUCAUGUAAAGAACAUGUAGUCAUGUAUUUUUAGUUCUUGUGAAGCAGGAAACAUACAGCAUGCAGUUUGUUACGUACUGAAGUCACGUAUGUGAUGCUGUUUCUUGUGUUAGCAUAUCUUCAUAUGGUAUGAAUUCCAUAUGAACUCGUGAACUUCUGCAACUGGUUUUGUCCAGGAGAGCUAGACACAUGCAGACCAUACAUGGGUUCCAUGGGAGAAGGUAUAAAUACCUCACUUCCUGUGGUUCAGAGGGAGCUUCCUGUUCCAGAAGUGCUUCCUCCGUCCCGAAUAACUGAGACUACAGAGCGAAAGUAAAUAUAGCCUGUAAUUCUGACCACAGUUUUUCACUUUGAAAACUGGUGAAAGUUGGAAACUUAGAUGGCUGGUGAUAAAAUUAGAUAAGACAAGAAAAGUCAGUAUGAAAAUCCACCUAAGAACAACCCUGACUGUUGACUGCUGGGACUGAGGCCUCUGACGGCCUUAGAGCACUAAGAUCAACCCUUACUAUCAGUGGCGAGACUCUGGCUGUUGCCAUCUGACUUAUAAGAGUAUAAGAACACCAGAGAUCUGAGUUUUUAACAGCAAGUUACCAAAUUUAGUUUCAACGAUAGAUAAGGCAUAGAAAAUUAUGAGGGACUAAAAGUAAGAGGUCCUUUUAAACAAAUUCAAAUAUUAUAACCUAUAAGCCCGAAUAUAAAGGCAUGUGAUCCCUGAACCAAACCAGUUCACCCAUUUUAAAAUAUUUGUAUUGACCCUAUAACCGCCUGUACUACUGAUUGAAUAAACACCACAUAACCACAUAAAGGCUCUGGUGUGAUAGAGUUUCUCUGAGUGAGGCUAACAAAGACCUUAGGGCAGGGGACUCUGAGGAGGACACUGCUACACCCAGAGAGGUAAGCUCCAUUAUGCACCCGUAUUUAAUAAUGGCGGGUUUGAUUCUUGUAUAAGAUGGCUCAUGACUCUUCCGGUGAGGACACGCUGACUAAUUAGUGGCUAGUAGUGGUAGCCCCCUCUCCUAUCACUGUCCACCGACCCCAGAUAACCUCGCCAUUGACUUUCCUACACUCCCCCUUCCUGGAUUUUUUUUUGAUUCUAAUUUGGCCUUUGUCCCCAAAUUAAAUUGGGCACAUGUCCGCAGGUCAAGGCAACAAAACAAACAGUAAUAAAAAGAGGGCUGGACGCAGAGCCAAGCAUAAUUAGAAAGUAUGAAAAAGUAGCUAAUGUAAGGGUUCUGCCAUGCGGCUUUGCUGUGCGUCCAAAGGCACCACAUCUAGGAGCCAGUCAUGAUGGUAGAGUAUUCAAUGAAAAUGAGACCUACCCAUUCAGCCUGGUGGAAGUUAAAAGCUCCUCAGCAGAAAAUGUGACCAAUGUGGCAUACAUCAAAUUAAAAAAUGGUACGGCCAAACUUAA